UUUGAGCUUGUACACAUUUAAGAAUAGACCAGAUAUUAAUUUAUGACAGCUGAGUAUCAAUGGCAGCUACACAGAAAAUUCACAAAGUGCAGCCUCUCUUACUCCGAUUGGAGAAGAACCAAAAUGAUCACUACUUUCCGCAGGCGGUUUCCUUCGGUCCGUACCACCACGGCGAACCGGAUCUGGCUGUCGUUGAGGCCUUCAAGCCUAUGGCAGUCGAGUUGUUCUUAUCAGGCAGCCCAAAAAUAUACGGUGAGUCGUUCUACCACAACAAAAUUGUUGGCAUGAUCAUUGAAAUACGAGAGUGCUACGAAGACACCACGAUUUGUAAGUACUCGGACGAUGAGGUAGCCGCAAUGAUGCUUCGCGAUGCCUCCUUGAUGAUAAUCUACAUGGAGAUGAGUACUGUAACAGAGCAGCCAGAUGAGUUGAUGAUGGACAAGAUUCUGCCCAUGAUGGAUCAUCUUGGCAUGUUGACAUUAGCGAUUUUGUCGCGUGACUUGCUUCUGCUUCAGAAUCAGAUCCCUUUAUGCGUCGUGGAGGUUUUGAUGGAUCUAAGAUACGGCAUAGGAGAAUACGAAAACUUGCUUAGCAGAUACAUGAAUAUGGCCCUCUUCGGAGAGUAUCGCCAGAAAAGAGUAUCUAAGAAGCCUCUGCACCUCGUGGAAGCCAUCCACAUGCUACUCGUCUUGGACUGUGAGAAACCCAGCCGCAGAUGCCCAUGGCUCUGCUGCUUCAGCGCUGAAGAAGAUGAGAGCGGCGCUGCUCCAACCUGCUGCAAAUUGCUUGGCUGCUCCAGAGUUAAGAAAGCUGAUAUAGAAAGCGGUGGUGCAGAAACUACUCAUCAUGCUAUAAUCCAUCGUCUUCUAAAGUCUUUGCCUUGCAAGAACCAAAGAGCUGCAGCCAAGAAAGACAACAUCAAAAACUUCUUCCAUUCGUUUCGUUCGGUGACAGAGCUCAAGGCAAAGGGCAUCCAUUUCAAACCAAGCCCAACUCAAUCUUUGAUGGAUGUCAACUUCAAAUCCAACUUCUUCUACGGCAGCCUCCAACUCCCCGAGUGGGGCGUCUCCACCAAAACUAAGGUCACCUUCAUGAACUUGAUCGCCUACGAACUCAGCCCUAACAGCCGGGCCAACGGGGAGGUGGCGUCGUACAUCACCUUCAUGAAGUCCCUCAUGGAGAGGCCGGAAGACGUGAAGGAGCUGCGAGAGAAGAGAAUCUUCAUCAACAUGCUUGGCAGUGACCAAGAGGUUUUCAACAUCUACAAAGAUAUCAAUACACACGGGGCCAAUAAUCCGGAAAUUUUUCGUCAAGUGAAAGACAAGAUCCAAGCACAUUAUAAUAGCAGUAUCAAGACAUGGAUGGCUGAGCUCAUCCACACUAAUUUUCGAUCUCCCUGGACCAUCACCGCGUUUCUUGCUGCCGUCGUAUUACUUGCCAUUUCUGCCGGUCAGCUCUACUACGCCGUGCAUCCUCCAACUAAAAAUUGAUCACCACAUACCCAUCUGUAAUUUCAGCUGUGUGUACCAGUAGUAAAAAAAUCAAAUAUUGGCUUUGGCCCACAACUUAAUUGCAAUAAACGUUACCCAACUUUUGACU